AUGGAAAUUGUGUGCGUUGUACUGAAAUUAGCUAUGGCUUUGAACACCCAGAGUCAACUAUCAGCAUUGGACCAACAUGUAGCUCCAGGAUUGCGCUUAUGGAUGUUGAUCGCCCUCGUCUCCGGCGUGCUGCUGAUCAUGGUCGUCCUUGUAUGUUGCUUCAUGCGAAUCAGAAUACCACGAACGAAACGUCAGAUCGAUUUGAUUGCCGCGAAGCGAAAGAUGAGGAACAAAAGUGGAAAAGCUGCAGCACAUUCUGACGAACGUAGUCAAGCGAUAGUUAUGAAUUCUAUGCGACCGAAAGCGAGUACUAGCACAAAGCCUUCCACUUCGCACCAUGGAGUGGACGAACAGCCGCUGGUGCACAAGGGCUCCAAACAACAUACCGAAGUUUGAGCGGUAUUGUCAAGUGUAUAUAUCGAUGUUUGCCUUUCGUAUAGCCUUUUUAUGUUUUUAUGACUUUUUUUUUCACCUGGUUAUGGUGCCUAAUCUAGCAGAUAUUUAUUUCUGCCGUUAUUUGUUCUCAUCAUGUCACCAAAGCAAUGUUUGUGAGUGACUGCUAAUUUUCUUGGUAGUACCAAAAUAUCAAAUUUGUUAGUGUUUUAGUUUUAUAACCGUUAUGCAUCUGAACUCAAAAUGUAAUGACUUACGGCUAUUCUAGUCAAGCUUUAUUGCCCUCAAGGUGCUUUAUGU